AACGUGAUCUCGUUUUGAAGGAGGCAAGACAACUCAAGAAGCUGGCUGUAGACUACCUACAUCCGGAACGUCCAGUUGUCACUACCGAUCCCUUUGCCUGUGGUCGUAACUACUUUACUCGUCCAUCGGCGCCACUUCCAGAAGAUGAAGAGAUUGCAGCGGAGCGAGAUCUCGUUUUGAAGGAGGCAAGACAACUCAAGAAGCUGGCUGUAGACUACCUACAUCCGGAACGUCCAGUUGUCACUACCGAUCCCUUUGCCUGUGGUCGUAACUACUUUACUCGUCCAUCGGCACCACUUCCAGAAGAUGAAGAGAUUGCAGCGGAACGUGAUCUCGUUUUGAAGGAGGCAAGACAACUCAAGAAGCUGGCUGUAGACUACCUACAUCCGGAACGUCCAGUUGUCACUACCGAUCCCUUUGCCUGUGGUCGUAACUACUUUACUCGUCCAUCAGCUCCCCAGUACGACGAGGACUAUGAAAUGGAAAGAGAGCUCAUUAUGGACGACGCAAAACAUUUGAAGGAGCUUGCACAGGAGUACCUUUGUCGCGAAGUUCCAGCUUCGUCCAUGUUUCCAACAGCAGAGAAAGUCAUCAGCCCUACUGCUACAAUUGCAUCUCCAUCAUCGGACCCAGCCUGUGUCCUCUUUGUAGGCAUGAACUACUGA